CCACUUUUCUUUGCUCAAUAUUUUCAGAACUAAUUUCGCUAUUUAUCACUUUUCGGUAUUGAGAUUACGAUAAUAUUAUUUAACUUUAGCUUUAUAUCUUUUAAAACCUCGUACAGCACUGUACUUAAUUAAAUAUGGUUGGGAUAAAUCGAAAGUUGGUUACCCGAAGUGUGUAGGUCGUUUGUUGUAUUGUGAGUUGUUUUUGAGUGGGCUAGCUCACUGGCUGGUAUUUCGGAGCCAGGACGUCGAGACAGCACCAUGCAUGAACUCCUUAAGCACGUGCUGACGGAGCGCGACCUGACGCGGGCUGGAGACAUCUUCGCAAUCCCGGACUCUGAUAUUGUUGAUGAUUUGAAUGAAGUGCUUAAGCAAAUAACAGACAUAUCUUCACGACCAGACUACAUAAGAAACGAUCGCGAUCAAGCCCUGAUAGAGAUAUGUGUGACAAGGGUUACGUCAUGUGUCAAGGAGACGGGAACACUAGAGAAAUACUGCGGAGCUCUAGUGGCCCUGCUGGAGUCCUGCCUACAUCAUAAUUUAAUGCCCGUAGGACAUUUACGGGAUGAGGAUCCACCUCACGCUAAGAUAGCGUCUGAUGUUAUUGCUUGCAUAGUUCUGGUCUCAUUUCCUUUGCAAGCCGACAAGGAAACUAGCGGCAACGCGGAUGUUAUGGAACUGUUCCUGCCCGUAGCGGUUCAGUUCCUACACAAAGGGAACCGCGAGAUAUCGAGGCAUAUGGCACGGUAUCUGUCCUUAGCUGCGGUGCAUCACGCAGUGCUACUGAAACCUCAUGUUCAGACUAUCAUGGACUCUAUCAUGUCAGGUAACUACCCACUCUGCCGUAUCCUGACAAACCUCUACGAAGUAUGCCCGGAGCCGCUCGAGGGCCACGUGACCGCGCUGGUAUCUCUGUUGCCGCACGCCGAGCCUGUGGAGAAGAGCUCCCUCUUCGCACUCUUCGAACAAAUAGCCGCGCGACGACCGGAGGCGCUCAAAACGGCGAUACCGCAGCUUUUAUCAUACUUGUGUCCCAAUACCACCAGCCAGAGUGAUGCGGGCUGUAUGUGUAUUGAUCUGCUACAGGUGAUAGCCAGCGUUAGUCGAAGUCGCGCUUCGCUGGUGUCCGAGCACAGUGCGGCGGUGCGCCGAGCGUCGCGCGCGCCGCACGCCACGCCGCGUGUCACCGAGCUGGUGGCCACCAUACUCGCCACACUCGGAUAUACCAGCAGGGAGCGUGCCCAGGAAGCGUUAAACUUCGUAGUGGAGCGACUGUCGGGCGCCGAGUGGCCCGAGCAGGCCGCGUUGUUACGAGAAGCGACCGCCCUCUGUUCCGCCUACCCAGCCCUCUUCACCGACCGGCUGCUGGCCGCACUGAGGGCUAACAACAGUAACCGACCAAAAUCAACGCACGGCGAAGUCAACAGGACACCAGGUGGCGUAACGAUCGUCAAACUGGGGGGUUCUACAACCACUGCAUCUCCCGUUUCCGCGGGGUCCACUGUGCCCCCACUGGUAUCCACUGCUCCUGUCUCGUUGGGGUCGACUACGACCCCAGUCAGCACAUCGGUAGCCCCAGUCACUGGUUACACGAGAAGGGCCAAGUUGGGCGAUUCGAGGAGUACGGGGAGAUUGCACCCGGGACCUAAUUCGCAUAGGAGCAUGACGCGGUUAAAUGUUGCAGGUGGUUCAGUAGGAGGACUUCAUAAAAGUAUGACGCGGCUGUCCUCCUCGCAGCAAAUCAACGCGCAACAAAACAUGACUCCGCCACAGAUAGUUGGCAGUAAACCAACGGUGGCGAAGGCGGGCAGCGGCGGCGCUGUCACCGUCACCACCAUCUCACCACCGCUGGCGCCGCGUGUGGCGUCCCGGCACCACCACCACAAUAUCAUCAUCGGACCAGUAGCUGCUACGAAUUCCGGGCCAACGAUAAUCCCAGGCCCGACCUCACUACAGUCGCAAUCAAUAUCCGUCAACCCUUUGACGGGCAAAUCUUCGGACGCUCUCAUACCCACAGCAGUUUCCAUACAACAUUCCAACAACGCCCUCGGUCAAGUGUCAGUGAUCACUACCACGGCUGGUACGGGGCCGAUUUUAGCCCAAACUUGCGGGUCGGGGCCAAUCUCGGUCGGGCCCAAUCCGAUCCCGAUCGGGCCCGUCACGGUGACGUCCCGUCGAGCCAACAACACCAGUGUCACGAUGAUCAACUCCAGCAACACAAACAAUUCGAACUCCAAUCACAGGAUAAGCGUGUUCGAGCCGUAUCCCAUGAGGGACACGGUACAGCACUUUUGUGAGAAGCAUUUAGACAAAAUUAAAGCGUAUAUGGAUAACGUCUCUUUGAGGAUACCACCGCCGGCGAAAUGUACGAUUGAAGAGCGGAGAUCAAAGAAGCAAGCACGUUUAUCAUUCGCAUGCGGACGUCGCGGGCCCCACUGCCUGUACGCAAGAGCAGCAUUUUCAAUGCGCACCCGUGCCCCGCGUGUGUGGAUCCACCUUAUGUUUCUGGCGCUUCAAGCCCGCCACGCCGCUGCGCUGUCAUCGAGGGACCCGACCGUGGCUAGCCUUAAACAUUGUUGGGAUAUCCUCAAGUGCGAAAACAAGACAUUCCUGACGCUGGUCACGGGCGCAUUCCCUGGCCUAAAGGAACAAGAAAUGUUAUUGAACGAACUACGAGCGGCCGGUUUCUUCGAUGUAUUCGAAGUGAAUUCCACUCGCACGGAUGGGGGUAGUGUACCGCCAACCCAGGCGACUUGGGGGUGCUUUCUUUGCAACCAUCCUGAAAGAGCUGUGGGUUUCCUUGCAGCAGAUGGCCAACCGGUCAUCGAAGGACAACUCAAGGAGAAGAAAGGACGAUGGAGACUGUUCAGAAGAUGGCGUACGAGAUACUUUACGCUGUCCGGCGCUCAUCUUUCUUGUAAAGGAUCGAGUGGCGGCGAAAGCAUAGAUAUCAACCAGAUUCGAUCUGUCAAAGUGUCCCGAGGGGCGCGCAACAUUCCAAAGGCUUUCGAGAUCUUUACCGGAGACCAGACGCUGAUCCUCAAGCCCAAAGACGGUAAGAACGCGGAAGAAUGGGCCCAAUGUCUUAGUAUCGCAGUGGCCCACUCUCAGGCAAGAGAUGCUCCCGCCAAGGCCAACAGUCUUCCAGCUAGGGGACUCACGCUCAAGAGCUUCUGACGACUGCUGCCGCAGGCCUCGUUUUAGGCCUCAAACUUCCGCGGCGACUGUCUGUCAACUUUAGACUUUAAGUUGCAAAAUAUUAGCUUUGCCUUAGGACGAAUGCUGGAAUACUCAAACUGAAAAUAUAAGAGUUUUUGACCGUUUUUUUUACUCCGACAACAUGGAUAAAGACUGAAGAUGAUGACUAGGCCAGUACUUAAAAUUUAUCUUGGUUGUUUCUAUUGCGAAUUUUAUUCAUGUACUUAAUAUUUUAGGGCGGAGUGGGAUUUGUAUUUAUUGUUAUUGCAUUUACGGUUUUCAAAAGCUUGUUUGUAUUUUCAUAGCAUAGCGUCAGCGAGAGAUGUGAUUGCUUUUCGUAGUUUAUUUAUUUGAUGUAGUUUGAAAAAUAUAAUCUAUAAAUUUACGAGCUCUGAUAAACCUAAGAUUUAUUUCUUUUCAAUAUAAUAGGUUGUAAGAUGGUUACGUUUUUAGAUCACACCUACACUAUGCUAUCUUGGUUAACCUUUUGCACUUUUUGCUUCUGGAUAUAUGAAAAAGUAAUUUUAUUUGAAUAGUCGUGUUUUAAAUUUCUAUUUAGUUCGAUCUUGUAGGCUUAGUACUUAUAUAAAAUAUUUCGAAACAAUUAUUGCACUUAUGUACUUAAAGGUUAUUUUGCUAUAACACAAGGAUAAUAAAUUAUAUUAUUGUGUACAAUACAGGUUGUAUAUUAGAAUAAAUUUAUUUGUAUAUAAAUGGAUUAUCUAUGAAACGUUUAAAUGACAUUAUACCAACCGAAGAGUGAGUUUUGGUUUGCUCAAAAUAUAUAAGAAUAAAAUAAAAUAAUAGUUAUUUGUGAAAUAUAUUCGCUGUUUAAACUUGCCAUAAUGCCAUUAUGUUAAAGACUUUUAUAGCUAGAGACUUUUUCUUCAAAGAUUUUGAGUAUGUACAUAUAAGUAGUUCAUACAUUCUUCUCUCCUGUCCUAUAGUGUAAAAAUACUUUUUGGUGUUAAAUAUGUUACAAAAUAAAAAAAUAUCCAUAUAUGCCAAAAAGCACUGUCUUCCAACCAAUUUUUUAUAGCCCGUACGUAUUGGCGUAGGAUUUUUUAAAACGCCAUGUGUCCUUAGUAUUUCGAGUGAAGCAGUUAUAUGUAUUCGUUUGCAGUAAGACUAAUAAACGCUGUGCAAAGUACUUACGUUAUUUUUACAAGAAAUACUUGCAACUUGUGAAUAUUUAACUGCCGUUUACGAAAAAUAAAGACUAUUAAUAAAUUAACAUUGGAGGAUUUCUUUUGGAGGCCAAUUCUUUUGUACGCAAAUCUCAUAACUAAACUAAAUUGACAGGCCUUACGGCCGAUUUACAUCAGACGAGCGAAUGCUCUUUCUAUCCCCACUCUGUUAAAUUAUUUUUGUGCAAACAGACACAUACACGUAGAGCAUUAUUUUGUUAGUCUGUCUGCCUUCGCAAGAUUCUAUUGAAUAUUCUAAGAGUCUUUCCUUUACACUACUGCUAUGCUAUUUUCUAGCUCUGACUCUGGUUUGUUUAGAUGGGCCUAUAAAAUAAUAAUGAGAAGUAUAGUAAUAAUCUAUAACAUUUUAGUUAUUUGUUUACAACUGAAUUGUUGCAAUAGCUUGAGACAUUAAAAAAAUAUGUGUACAAACACGUUUUUAUAGUAUCCAGUUACAUAUUGGAUAGAAGCCGUUACUUUGCGCAAUUCCAAGAUAUACAGCGAAAAUUAAGCUUAAUUUGCUGUACUCCGCGAAGAGAUGGGGAAUCUUUACUUUACAAUUAUUCAUUGUAAAGUCAACAUCUCCUGAGAAUGCGAAUCGUGCGUAACCAAAGAGCUUCGGCAAAGUUGCCGAAGAUCAGUUUGGCGUGGAGUAUAAAUAUUGAAGAAAAACCACAUGAUUUAAUAAGUCGCGUAUUUGCUUUCACGGAGUAUAGCAAAUGAGAGGUUUAAAACAACGCUUAAAGGCAUUUUGUUAUAUUAUUGAUUUUUCAAUACGGUGACAUAUCACCCAUAUCAUGACACAGCUAAAUAAUAUAUUAUAACUUAACUAAUAUUAAGAAAAGUCAUUAUAACUGAUAAAUAAUAUAAAAGACAAAUUGAUAUAAUUGUACCUACCACAUAUUUUAUUAAUUGUAAUUCGAAUAAAGAUUAGAACGAUAGGGCGAAAAGUACAAUAAUUUUUUAUAAUUUUUUUUUCCCGUAGGUUAUGUUUUUAUUGUUAAUAAUUCAAUUUAUAAAAUUGACAGUUGUUUAUUGAAUAAUAAAUAUUGAUUGUUUAUCUAUAUAUAUUAGGUAUGUGGUUAGAACGAUUUGAGUUACUGCAAGAUAUAGCGGCAAAUUGCAUAAACUUAUCUUCCGGUUAAUUAAAGUCUUUAUUCAGUUCACAUAAAGUUUUAAAAAGAACCAACGUUAUUAUUAUGCUCAGCGACAAAGCUGUCCCCUCAUAAGAAAGAGUCAAACUCACUCAUAAUAAUCGGUUACCCAUCCAGUUACCGACUUGAGUCAACGUUAAAUAAAAUAAAUAAAAUUAGAAUGCAAUGCUGUGACUACAUAAUGUAGUUAUCAUCACAACAUUAAGCACAAAACUGUACCUAUUUAUGAGUUUUGUGUUUCUAUCUUGCAUACUUUUCACAACUCCAUCUGAAUUAGAUAAAGGCGAUAUUUAAUUAACUUGGAAUAAGUAUUCGAGUAUUCUUCCGAGAUUUGUCUCUUGUUAAGCAACGGCCAAACCAUCGCUACCUUAGUGAAGUUUUCGUACUGCGAGCCAAUUCCAAUCACAGGACUCUUGCUAAAAAGCGGGCUUUUGAUUGGUCGCAAACUUGAACGCCGCUAUGGUUGGCAGUUACGCGAAAGUUUGACGCCGCGGUUUGGCCUUGCCUUCAUGCGCUGACCAUUUAUUGAGAUGUUAUAAGGUCGAAGACCGAGUGCUGGUCAUAGGUGUACUUAAAAUAGCUGCCGUUACAAAGCACAGCCAUUGAUUGACCAUUGACGUUUUUAUUUUACCAGAAAAUAUUGUCUAAUUCUGUUGUACGUAAAUCACUAAAUUUACUAAAGAUGUAAGUAGUGUUUUAAUUGGUAAAUUUGUGAAAAAUACAUCACUAGUUUAACUUCUUAACCUGUAAAUCUUUAACAUCCAUUUUCGGCAUUCAAUCUAUCCGUAAUCAAUAGAUGUAUUACUAAGAAACUUUGUUAUUGUAUAAAAAUACUUAAAUCCUGAUUUUUUUUUAACAAAUAACAACUUAGCAUCUUAGCAUCUUAUCAAAAGACUGCAGAUAGAUUGAAUAUAGUAAACGGACGUUAAUUCUUUAAACUAGUGAUCUACUUUCCAAAAAGUUGGUUGAGUACCAAAAAUUCCGUAGAUUUUUAAAAUUGUCAACUUAAUUAAGUUUAGGGAUUUAAGGUACAACCAAAUUAGCGCCAGUGUGUGUAAAUAUAAUAUAGAUAAUGAUUUAUUUAAUUGUAUGCGUUUAAUAUACCUAAAUAAUUUUGUCUCCCGAAUCUAUGUAUUGACAAAAUUUAUUUACGUGAUUCGAAAUUCACAUUCCGUUCGAUAAGAAAACUAUUAUGGUCUCAAAUUGAAAAAAAUUAUGGUUGUUUUAAAUUAUAUAUUGUUUUGUAUCCUUUAAGUUAUGGACAGUUAAUGUUGGUUAUACAUUAUGACCUUAUACAGGGUGUUAACAUGGAUUUUAUAUUAAAUGUCAAUGAAAUAUAAUUUUUUUAUUGAGGUUCAUUAUUAUGAAAAUAUAAAAGAGGUUUUUUUUUUAAUGCUCUUGCAUAUUACGAUAUUAUCGUUUACGCGUCAACUGAAAUAAACUCCGACAGUUUUUUGUUGCGUUGGACGCGUCUAAAUUAAAACGGCCAAGUAAAGUGGUAAAAAAAGUACUUAUUACGAAAACAUACAUAUAACAACACGAAAAAUCAAUUUUUUUUUUUUUUAUUGUACCAAUUAUCUCAAUGGCAAAAAAAAGUGUGUAACAUUAAAGUAUGUUAAUUUACACGGUUUUACACCUACUAAAAGUUUCGAAGUGUGGAAGCUUUUUCUUUUCAAUUAAUACAGUGAAAAUUAUAUAGAUGACAAAUAUGUUAAGUUUAAUUUAGGUCAAAGCCCACAGUCUGCGAAGCUAAUACAAAAAUAGUGUUUCCAUAUUAUUUUACAAAGUGUCGGAAGUAGUUUCAAGUUAAUCAAUGCAUUUAAACAUUAUGUAAAAAGAGCUUAUGCAUGUACUAAUAAAAAAUAAAAAAAAAUAUUAUGAAAAAUAAAAAUCAGUAAUAUAAAUUUAUGUUAAACUUUUAAACGUGCAAAUCCUAAACUGUUUAACUUGGAUGUUUAUUACAGAACCGAUUUGUGAUUCCGUAUGACAUUGCAUUCGUAUUAACGCUUACUCAGAGUUGCACUCGAAUUGACACUUCUUAAUACAAUAUUGCUAAAACUGAUUAGCGCAGUAUCGCUUUAAAAACUAACGUUAAUAGAUAUUUUUUAUUUUUUUUGCUUUAAAAAUUAUAAUUAAAACAGUCUUCCGAUAUUAUGCAAUGUACCAAUCGUGUAAAAACAAUAUUAUGUCCGUUUUCACUGAUGCCGAACAAGACAAUGCUUUAGUAAAGCCUUAUCAAAUAUUGCUAGGCAUACAUUUACCUUUCACCGAUAAAUUUUCACUAGGCAACUCAUUUAAGAUAACUUGUCUAUGAUCCUUCUCACCAGGUUUGGUAUUUUGUGCUUGUGUUAACAUAUCUUUCAAAAUUUGUAUGGAUUCAAAGUUAGAUUAGAAAAAAACGAACGCGACCAACGUCGUAAGUCAUCGUCUAAGAGAUGGUGAAACUCACUAUACUCAAUAACGAUAUGAGUGAAAACGGACAUUAUUGUUUUUAAAAAAGAUCGUGAAAAAUGAAACAAAAAUGUUUGCCUUGACUUUUAUUUUACAUAUUUCAUACUUAAAAAGUAAUGAAGUUAUUGUUUACAUUGUAAGAAGGGUGUGUAAAAAUGGACUAUAUCUCUGAAUACCGACUUUACUAUAAUACAUUAUGACAAACCAUUCUGUUAAUACUUAUGAUAUCGGUGCUAAGUAUAUACAUAGUUUAUAAUAUGAUCGUACCUCCGCAGAGUGCGUUUCCCGGAGUGUUCACACAGAUUAGGUUUAAGAGUUACAGCAGUGAGCGGUCACGUGAUCGCACUAAUUGCCUUAUUUAUUAGGAAUAAAGUUUUGUUUACAA